GUUAAAUUUGAGUUAUUGAUGGAUUUUAUGACAUGGGUUUUGUCAAAUUGUAAAUUGGAGGCAUUUUCAUGUUUAAAUUUAGUAAAUUUAUGUUUAAUUCUGUGGUAAAUUUUGAAUUUUUUCCCUUUUUCUGUGGUGAAAAUUUCAUAUGAAGGAUGUUGAUGUGGGAAGAUGGAUUUUGUGGAGGAAGAGCUACAGAUUGUUUGGAAGAGAUUGAUGGAGAAGAUCCAGUGAGGAAAGCUUUCAGCAAAAUGUCCAUUCAGUUAUAUAAUUAUGGAGAAGGGUUAAUGGGAAAAGUUGCAUCAGAUAAGUGCCAUAAAUGGGUAUUCAAAGAACCAACAGAAUGUGAACCCAAUAUCUCCAGUUAUUGGCAGAGUUCAUUUGAUGCCCUUCCUCCUGAAUGGACUGAUCAAUUUGAGUCAGGCAUUCAGACUAUUGCUGCGAUUCAAGCUGGCCAUGGUGUUGUCCAGUUGGGUUCCUGCAAGAUUGUGCCUGAAGAGCUCCAUUUUGUGCUAAGAAUGAGGCAUACCUUUGAAUCUCUUGGCUAUCAAUCUGGUUUCUAUCUCUCUCAGUUGUUUUCGUCUAACAGAAACAGUUCCUCUUCAUCUACAAUUCCUUCGGAGCAGUCUGCUAUUCCAACCCGGCCACCUUCUCCAAUCUUCAACUGGGGCCAGAGGCCGCUUCCACCAGUGACUUCAAUGCUUGCUUCACCUGAUUUUCAUAACCAGGCUAGCCUUGGAUUGCCACGAGCCAAAGAUGAGACCCACAUGUUUCUCCUGCCUCGUUCAUCCAAACCCCGAAUGGAAGAUGUGAUGGGUGAACAUGAAAAUGACAUCAAAUGGCCUAAUAGCUCGACUUUCUUCAAUACUCUCACUGGACAAACUGAAGAUGCCAAGCCUUUACUUAACCCCGAGAGCCUAGGAAACAAACCAGACCACCGCCAUCCAGUUACUUUUGAAGGAAAAGAUUCUAAUCAAAAUACAGAUGCUGGUGCAAGCCCCAAUGAAUUCAUGAGCCUGGAGAGUCAUCCAGAGAAUAUGAGGAAGAUAGAAAACAAGUUUAAACGGAGCUUUACAUUACCUGUAAGAAUGCCUACAUCGUCAUCUUCAACUUCAGUAUAUCAUCACCAGCACCAAUCUGUGGAGUACAGGAACUCUGAGGCAGGGAUGUGCAACGAUGUCAUGGAAAGUUUCUUGGAAUGAAAUUUAGAAGGGCUGUAUUAGAGGGGAAAUAGGGUGAGAAUUUGUGUUUACCCCAAGGUUUUGUGUUCCUUAGUAGUUCAAAUUCCUGUUUUCGUUUUGAUGUUCUCUUACGUCUGUGUCUUAAUCCAUUAAAUUGAACUUUCUAAUAAUUUGUUGUAGUUUAUCGUAACAUAAGAUUUUUCUGUUGGGCUUCUUUCGAA